AUGGAAACGACUACUGAACUCGCUGACACCACGGAUCACUCUAUAUACGGUCUUGUAGUCUUCCUUGUGAUUCUCAUUUUCUUCGCAUCACUAACUACCGGGCUCAUUCUGUGUUUGCUCAAAAUAUGGUGUACAUUCCACGAACAACGACGUAAUUCUACGUUUGACCAGCGAACUCGUCGUUCGAUCGUCAGAAGUUCGCCUAAUUUUGACUACGAUAGUGACGACGAGUCGGAAACGCAAACAACACUGAGUAAAAGACGCUUCUCUCAACGCCUAAUGAGCUACGUCACUAAAACUUUGGAUAAGAGAGAACCAACAAAGGAAACUUUGAAAACGGAUAUUGAACAACCUCAAAUUCAUGGAAGAACCAGUAGUGUCAGCAGCCGCCGCUUGCCAGCAAUCAAUGUUGAACCGACUUCUGAUGUCAUGGAGACACUUAUGAAGGAUUUGGAAGGUAUACCGACACGUCGGAACAACUACGAAGACAAUGAUCCCGCCAAUGUUAUUGAUGUGUGA